UUCCUUCCUAGCAGACGCACUACUCGAUCCGCUCUCCUCCCAUAACCAUAGCUCAGAAGCUCAUCCCUUUCCUCGUCACGCUCGCCCUUGUUUCCGCCAUGGCCAGCACCGACCGCGCCGGAGCAUUCCCCGCCGCCAGGGACGACGACGACCUCCCGCAGCGACAGGAUGCCAUGUCGGACGCCGUCAAGGUGUUCUCCGGCUACAACCCGGCGAGCACCAACCCCGAGGACCUCAAGCGGGCGGUGUCCACGGUGAACGAGGCGAUGGCGCCGCUGCGGCCCAUCUUCAUGGCCAUCAGCGAGAUGCCGGAGAGCACCGCCGCCGAGGCCCGCGCCAAGGAGGAGGCGCGUGCCGCGGCCAAGGAGCAGCUCACCCGCCAGCUCGGCCAGCUGCUGCCCGGCGGAUCCGUCAAGAUCAUCAACGAGCUGUAGCUUUGCAUCAUUCUGGGUUCCUCGUAGAUUGUUGGCUCAGGGCCUAUGCAUUUCAUUCCCUAAUUAAGCUGCUUGUUCGUGGUCGGCCGAGGAAGUAAGCCCACGCUAUCUAUUCCUCUGUUCCUUGUUAUCCUCUGUUCUUCUGUCUUCAGUUCAUGGAUCUAUCGUUAGGUUUCUUUAAUUUCCUACGGCAUUACUUAAGAUGCUUAAAUCAAUUGAGUUGCUCAAGGAGAUUCGAACAUUGUGGUUUUACCAUCAAAGACGCUAUGCAUUCGACGGAUCUGUAGCAUUAUUGUACUGUAGAUCCUACGGUUUCUUGCGGAGAGAUAAGAUGCAUUAUCGAAUAAACAUCCCAGUCUCG